AUGUGGUUCAAGCUGGGUCCAAAAGGACUCGGCUCGGACGCCCGAGUCUGGACGGCAUCCUGUAUAGAUCAAAACCCCGGGUACGACGUACAGUUUCUCACAGACGAGUCCGCGGCCGGGUUCGUAAAUGAGAGCUUUGCGCAUCGGCCGGAUAUCGUGGACACAUACAACGCUCUCACGGUGCCUAUACUCAAGGCAGACUUGCUGCGCUAUCUGCUCUUGUACGCAGAAGGUGGUGUCUGGUUCGACUUGGAUGCCUCCUGCGAGGGCAUCCCGAUAGACGAUUGGAUACCUCCGGAGCUUGAAGAGAGGGCCGAUCUCGUGGUAGGCUGGGAGUUCGACGCAGGCUACCGCUUCCAGUUCCGCCAGUUCACGACGUGGGCAGUCCUGUCGAGGAGAGGAGUUUCACACCUGAUGGCAGUGGUGGACGAUAUCGUAGAUGCCGUGCAUGAGGCGGCGAGGGCACACAAUACCACGGUUUCGAUGCUAGAUAAAAACAUGGUCGGUGACGUGGUGGACUUUACGGGGCCGAUCAGGUUUGCGCAGAGCGUCAUGAAGAGUAUUGACAGGUCGACGAAUAUGGCUUAUAAGUGGGAUGAUUACCAUGGGCUAUUGGAGCCCAAGUUAGCAGGCAAUAUUUUGAUACUCCCGGGGUAUUCCUUCGCAGCAUCCUGCAAUACAUACGAGCCUAGAGACCAACAUAGAAUACGCCCACCCCUCGUUGAACACCAUUAUGCUGGGACUUGGAAGAACGACUACGGCGGAGAAAGAAUCGAAUAG